AUGGUGACACUGGUGACUGCAUACCACAAGGGCUUCCAUGCGAGCAACGACAGCAAGCUGAUCCACCGGUAUGUGCCACGGGCGGUCGGGGAGUUGGUGGUGUGGUAUAUGUGGCUGGCGAUGCCAUUCAUUGACCAGUUGACAGCGUGGCAGGCCGGCACUGCGCAUGGCACGGUGAAUGGCACAUCGAAUGGUAUGUCAAAUGGCACAUCGAACGGCACAUGGAAUGGUAUGUCGAAUGGCACAUCGAAUGGUAUGUCGAAUGGCACAUCGAACGGCACAUUGAAUGGCACACGAGCCGGCACGGUGAAUGGCACGGUGAAUGGUACAGUGAAUGGCAUGUCGAACGGCACAUCGAACGGCACAUUGAACAGCACAUUGAACAGCACAUGGAAUGGCACACAAGCCGGCACAUUGAAUGGCACACUGAAUGGCACGGCGAACGGCAUACUGAAUGGCACACUGAUUGGCACACAAGCCGGCACGGCGAAUGGCACACGAGCCAGCACGGUGAAUGGCACAUCAAACAGCACAUUGAACGGCACAUGGAAUGGCACACGAGCCGGCACGGUCAAUGGCACACUGAAUGGCAGGGCGAACGGCACACUGAAUGGCACAUCAAACGGCACAGCAAAUGGCAUAUCAAACGACACACUGAAUGGCACAUCGAACAGCACAUUGAAUGGCACACGAGCCGGCACGGUGAAUGGCACGGUGAAUGGUACAGUGAAUGGCAUGUCGAACGGCACAUCGAACGGCACAUUGAACAGCACAUUGAACAGCACAUGGAAUGGCACACAAGCCGGCACAUUGAAUGGCACACUGAAUGGCACGGCGAACGGCAUACUGAAUGGCACACUGAUUGGCACACAAGCCGGCACGGCGAAUGGCACACGAGCCAGCACGGUGAAUGGCACAUCAAACAGCACAUUGAACGGCACAUGGAAUGGCACACGAGCCGGCACGGUCAAUGGCACACUGAAUGGCAGGGCGAACGGCACACUGAAUGGCACAUCAAACGGCACAGCAAAUGGCAUAUCAAACGACACACUGAAUGGCACAUCGAACAGCACAUUGAACGGCACAUCGAACAGCAUGUUGAACGGCACAACAAACAGCAUACCGAUUGGCACAUUGAACGGCACAUCGAAUGGCACAUGGAAUGGCACACGAGCUGGCACAGUGAAUGGCACAUCGAACAGCACAUUGAACGGCACAUGGAAUGGCACACCAAAUGGUACGGUGAAUGGCAUGUUGAAUGGUAGACUGAACGGCACAUCAAACAGCACAUCGAACAGCACACCGAUUGGCACACCGAUUGGCACACAGGCCGGCACAUCAAACAGCACAUUGAAUGGCACAUUGAACAGCACAUUGAACGGCACAUGGAAUGGCACACAAGCCGGCACAUUGAAUGGCACACUGAAUGGCACGGCGAACGGCACACUGAAUGGCACAUUGAUUGGCACGUCGAACGGCACACCGGCAUGGCAGCCCCCCAGCCCAUAUUUAUGGGGCCCCGACCCGGGCAUGCAGCGGCCAUGGACCCCCGAGCGAUUCCGGGAGGUGUUGAAGCGGGAGACCCAGGCCCGGCUCGGCCAGGCAUUGAAUAUUCCGGCGUACCGGGACAUUGCCAUUGGCAUCAGCCGGCGGUUCCUGCGGGCAUCCAGCACAUUCACCAGUGACCGCCAGGAUGAAACGGAGCAGGCGGCGGCAUUGGAUGCUGACUGUGAGGACGGCAUGGAUGCGGACCAGUGGAUGGCGCAUAUGACGGAUUUACAGGCGGGCCAUUCAUCGCACGUGGCGGGGAUGGUAUAUGGGCGGCAGCUGAUGGAGCAGGCGGGCACAACAAGCCACCGGCGGGCAAUGUUCCGGCAGUCCAGUGUGGAUUGGCACCAGUUUCUGGGGUUCGGCUGCGGCACGGGGGUUCCAGGAGAUGUCCAUGCCGACAUUGAUGCCGGUGGGCUUCGGGCUGGCUUGGUGGAUGAAGGCAGCUGUCCAAGCCGCCGUCCCGGUCAGGAACAGGUUAGGGCUCGCUUGGUGGAUGAUCCCGGUCAGGAAUGGGUUAGGGCUUGCUUGGUGGAUGAUCCCGGUCAGGAAUGGGUUAGGGCUUGCUUGGUGAAUGAUCCCGGUCAGGAACGGGUUAGGGCUCGCUUGGUGAGUGAUCCCAGUCAGGAAGGGGUUAGGGCUCGCUUGGUGGAUGAAGGCAACCGUCCAAUUCACCAUCCCGGUCAGGAACGGGUUAGGGCUCGCUUGGUGGAUGAAGGUAGCUGUCCAAUUCACCAUCCCGGUCAGGAACGGGUUAGGGCUUGCUUGGUGAAUGAUCCCGGUCAGGAACGGGUUAGGGCUCGCCCCGUGCUUGGGAAACGCAAGCGGGCCCCAUGGCAGGUGGAGGCUGAGGAGCACCACAUGGAGCGGCGCCACCAGCUGCAGACCAUGGACAUGGCCGCUGCGCUGCAGCAGAUGACCGGUCAGGCCGGCAUGCAGUUCCAGGGCAUCCAGGCACCCGCCAUGGCGGCGAUCCAGCAGGGCAAGAGCCCCGUGGUGGCAGUCAUGCCCACCGGCGGUGGGAAAAGCAUGUUAUUCAUGUUGCCCGCGUGGGCCGUCCCCGGGGCACCACCAUUGUGGUGGUGCCAUUGA